AAUGCGACUCAAGCUGAGUGUGAGCCUCCCAAAAUCUUUCAGAAGAAGAGGAGCUCCCUUUAAUUCGUUUCAUCUCUGUUCGGCAGCAUGAGUGACAUGGAGAAAUGGCCCGAAAUAGAAAAAGCAGCGACAGAGAAGAGACGCGAGCUGGUUUUACAGGGCAGCGGUGUUGAUAAGAGGAUUUCUUCCUGUGGGGGGCUUCCCUCCUCUGUUUAUUCUCUCCAGCUGCUGAAUUAUCUGGAAGUUAGCCAGUGCCCGAGUUUGACUGAGAUCCGCGGGGAAAUCCAAUAUCUGACCAACCUUCAAAGCCUCGUCCUGUGUAGGAACAAGCUGACAUCCGUCCCAGAUGUCAUCGGUAUUCUAAAGUCACUGAAGGUCCUGGAUCUGUCUGUCAACAACCUUAAAGGGUUGCCAGAGAGAAUCAUUCAGUUAAAGGAGCUGAAUACUCUUAAUGUAAGCUGUAAUUUCUUGGAGGCUCUUCCAGAUGGACUGAGUCAAUGCACAAAGCUGUCUACCAUCAAUGUCUCCAAGAACCAGAUCACCGCUUUCCCUCCCGAUCUCUUCUCUGAGCGGCUGGAUCUGCUCAGUACCCUGGUGGCCUCUGAUAAUUCAAUCCAGGAACUGAGUGGAGAGAUUUACAAACUGUCAGCUCUAAAGGUGCUGGAUGUCUCCAACAACAAGCUGAGUGAGAUCCCUUCAGAUCUGAGCGACUGCCCCAAGUUAAAGGAGAUCAACUUCAAGGGCAACAAGCUAAACGACAAGCGCCUGGAGAAGAUGGUCAACGGCUGUCAGACCAAGUCCAUCCUGGAGUACCUUAGAGGCAAAGGGAGAGGAAGACAGGGCGAAGAAGGAGGUGAUGCUGACAAGAAGAAAAAGCAGCAGAGGAAGAAGAAGGGGAAAGUCGCAGAGGAGCAAGAUGAGGUAGAGGAACUGAACAAGAUGGUGGUGAGGGUGCUCCACGUCUCCGAGGCGCCCACAGCACUCACAGUGAAAGUCAGCGCUGAGGUCAAAGAUGUCCGACCGUACCUGGUGUGCUGCUUGGUUAGAGGAAUGAACCUGAAGGCAGGAAAUUCUCUGAAACGCUUCCUAAUGGCUCAGACAAAGCUCCACGAUGAUUUGUGUGGUAGAAGAACAGUUGCAACUAUAGCGACCCAUGACGCACAGCUUGUAAAAUCUCCACUGGUAUAUGAUGUGAAACCACCAACCCAACUGAAGAUUGUGCCUCUGGGUAGGAAGGAGUUGACGGCCGUCGAACUCAUAAGGCAACUUCAUUUAGAGGCUGACGAGCUCAGGAAGCAGAAGAAGAGGCAGAAUGUGACUGGCCUUCACAAGUACCUGCAGCUUUUGGAAGGAAAAUCCUUGUACCCCUGCUUAGUGGAUGCAGAGGGAGACGUGAUCUCCUUCCCGCCAAUCACUAACAGUGAGAAAACCAAGAUCAAGAAGACAACCAAAGAGUUGCUGAUAGAAGUGACGAGCUCAACCAGCCUGCAGACCUGUAAAGAUGUCAUGGAUGUUUUGAUCAUUAAAAUGGCAGAGCUGAACAAGUUCACUGCCGAGCAUCAGGAAGAGGCAGGAUCAGACGGAGAGGGCGUUGGCGCACCGGAGCCUGCCGCCGGCACCAAAGCCUCCAGCGAACUUGUCGUCCAACAGGUCCGAACCGUCGACCAAGACGGCAACCUGAAGGUUGUCUACCCAUCAAAAACCGAUCUCUCCAAAGAAAUCAGUAACUUAACUCUCAUUUGGUAAUAACGCUUUAUGUUAACAUCCAUUUACAUCUGAUUUGAGUAUUUUCAGUUUUUCUGGACCCUAAGCUUCCAUUACAUUCUGAUAUCGUGCCGCAGUCUUACUCUUUACGCAUACAAAAAUACACAUUUGUAUUAAGUACAGCCUGAUUGUAAAUGUACCCAUUUAAUUAUUUUAUGGAUUUUUCAAAUAAAUAGAAUUGGCAAAUUAAUAAAUUAAUAAAAAUGUUGACAAAUCCUAAACAAA